GAAGGAGCAGAGAGAGAGAGAAGGAGUGGGAGAGAGAGGCUAUAGCUAUACUAUAUGAAAGUCUCUUCUCGUCUGGAGCUCGGACCAGACGCCUGGACCUCGGCUCUCAGUGGUGGUCAGUCAGUCCGGGGUGUAGGAUGGACAGUGUGGAGAGGGAAUCCGGCAGGAAACGGUUCGCCUUCAGCAUCGACAGCAUCCUGAGAGGGACGUCCGACAGAGGAGACCAUGGCAAGGCUGGCAGGACUGGCACAGUUGGCGAGGAAGACCCGCAGCACCCUCAGAGUUCCUCAGAUCCAAAAUCCAGCUCAACCACCACCAACCCCACAGAACCAGAACCGCUCCAGCGCUCCUGCCUCUGCUGCUGCUACUGCUCACACUGCGGAGAGAUGCUGCAGGCCGAAUACACACCUGCCACAGCGUGUCCGUUAGCGUGGAGCAGGAGAGCUCUGACGGAGUCGGUUCUGGUCGGCGAGGCUCAGAGGAGGGAGAGCUUCAGUCAGAUCCAGAAGAGGAUCCGCCGCCAUCGAACCAUCUUCACCGAGGAGCAGCUGGACGCUCUGGAGGAGCUGUUCCUGCAGAACCAGUACCCUGAUAUCCACACCCGCGAGCAGCUGGCUGAGAGAACACACCUGCGGGAGGAGAGGGUGGAGGUGUGGUUUAAGAACCGGAGAGCGAAGUGGAGAAGACAGAAGAGACUGCCUUUCAGUCUCCGCGGACAAGACGAGUGGAAAAACGUGCUGCACGGAGACUGAUGGAUUCGUGAUGAACGACGAAUGGAUAUGUGUUUAACUUACAUAACUUGAUUAUUUAUUCAUUUAUGUAUUUAUCUAUUUUAAAAAUAUCCCUUUACCUACAUUAUAUGGACCAAAGUAUUAAGACACUUGCUCUAUCAACUGUCUCUACU